AUGGCGCCAUUCCCUCACGAAAUACCCGUAAUCGCUGAAGAAAAAACAGGAUUCGACUUGAAUCUCCAGCAUGGCCACCAAGAUCUGGUCCAAGCCGUGGCAUUCAACGCCUACGGUGACCGUUGCGCGACUGGCUCGGUCGACGGAAGAGUCAAAGUGUUCAAUCGCCAUAAAGAUGGUAUCUGGCAUCAUUGCGACACGUGGGGUGCUCAUGGUGGCGAGAUUCUAGAGCUUCAAUGGCUCCCCCCGACCGUCUACCCGAAUCUUAUCGCUUCUCUCGGCAUAGAAGGCCGGUUCAAGUUAUGGGCAGAAGACCCAUCCGCUGCUCCAGGUCGCCGCUUCAGCGCCAGCAACCGCGCGACAACUAGCAAAGCCGCCUACGAAAUGCGCUCUGCCAAGUACCCUUACCGAUCCUUUGCAAUGAAAUAUAACGAGGAGACGCGACAUACCUAUCUCGCACUGCUCGCCUCCGACGGCCGCCUGAUGAUAUACGAAAAUGACCAGCCCGAGAACAUGUCCGAGUACACCUUAAUCGACGAAUUCAGUAUAUGUCCUAAGCCGAGUCGCGGUGAAGAAACUAGCUUCAAGGUCCGUUUCGAUUCAAAUCCAGAUCCUUGCUACAAUGCGCUGCGAGCUGGAGUUGCGAACGACUCAUUGGGUCUUGUGGUGGCGGGGAUGUCCUCGGUCAAAAUAUACCGAUCUAGGGACGUUAUUACAACAUCAUAUGGUGUUGAUCAGUCACAACGCGAAUUCUACCUAGCGGUUGAAGUCGGAGCUCACAGAGGUCUCGUACGUGAUGUAGCGUGGGCGCCUGGAAAUAUUAGAGGAUACGAUAUCAUUGCGACGGCUUGCCAAGACGGCUUCGUUCGGGUAUUCCGAAUCGACACGUCCCACUCGGCCCACGAUGGCAAGACAUGGUCUACGAUGGAGCUUACGAGGCAGGAGAACCACCAGGCACAGGCAACUUCGAGAAUGGGGCAGCCGAGUGAGAAGCACCACCAGUCAGGCCUCAGUGCCAGUUUAGCCAAGUCAGGUUCCCACGCGGAACGACACUUCUCGGGCCAACCUGGCCAGGUGAGGCAUGUUUUUACGGAAAUAGCAAAGCUUGAUAGCCACCGCACCCCUGUCUGGCGUGUCGGUUUCGAUGACGAUGGCCAGAUUUUAGCUAGCACCGGUGACGAUGGGAAGCUGGUGUGUUAUCGUCAGACCCCGAGUGGUACCUGGGCCAAGAGUUCUGAGCUGGCCAUGGUAAAGUCGAGAAUGGCUACGCCCUGA